AUGCAGGGCCUGCACUGGGACUACUGCGACAGCUGCAACGUGAGGAGGAUGGAGUUCGUGGACAAGCCCUGCCCCAGGCGAACCUGCGCCAAGUUCUCGCAGGACUUCAUGGACCCCGGUGUCGUGCCCCCGGAGCUCGAGCGGCUGUCCUUCGUGGAGGCCCAACUCAUCGCGCGAAUCCACCCCGUCGUGUCCGUCUACAAGAUCCGAGGCCACCAGUUCGGAUACCGAGGCAACGUCAUCAACUUCCCCCAGGAAGUCAACGACUUGGCGCGCGCACUUCCCCACCGCAUCCAGGACCUCUCCUCCAUCAUCGCCGUGCGCCAGCAGAGGGCCGACGGCCACGUGGACUUCCGAGUGCGCGCCGGUGUGGUGCGGCAGGCUCUGCUGUGGCUACGCGACAACAACCCGUACUACGCCAACGUCGAGGUCAGCGAGGGCAACCUGGCCCUUCUCCCGGAGGACGGCGACGCCUACCAGGUCGUGCAGGGCUACGCCGCCCAGGAAGAGGACCCCGACGACCCUGACGACCCGCAUGACGAGUCCAGCGUGGACCACGUGGACGUGGACGACAUCGCCGUGUCUGGAGUGCCCAUGCUUCAGCCGCACCGCCAAGAAGACCAGGUGCACGCCGUACUCAACUACCCCACUCGCGGCACCGACCCCGUCAGCGAGGCGACGGCGGGGUACGUCGUCAUGGCCUUCCCCAAGCUCUUCCCGUUCGGCAGAGCGGACCUCUACGAGGCCCGGACGAACGGCAUCUCAGCGCGGCAGUACUUCUCGCACUUGCUGCAGCACCGCUCGGGGCGAUUCGCGGACGACGCGCGGUUCCGCUUCUUCGCCUUCAACACCGUCAUGCGCCACGACGCUCUCCGCGCGGGGAACCUCUACGUCCGCCGCAACGAGCAGCUGCAAGGGAAGACCGUGCGCCAGCUGCGGGAAAUGGUGCGGGAGUGCGCCGUGCUCGCCAAGAACAUCAUGUUCUACGGCACCAAGCUGCCGGCCACUGGGCAGUACGGGGUGCGCGCCUCAGUGAGCUGUUGGACAUGA